GACUACGGUCUAAUUAUGCCUUUUUGCCCGCCCGCCCGGACGUUUUCCUUUUCCCCCCUCCCUUCCCAGCGACCGUUUUGCACCGAAGCCGCCCUCCAGCAAAACAUCCGGCAGGGCGGCCGCUGCCAGCCCGAGGGAAAGGAGGCGGGACCCCGUGACAGCCGGACGCGGCCUCUCCUCUCGGCCCGGCAACGAUCGGGAGCGACGCCGCCGCCCCGCGCCAUGCAGCACAGCCCGGCGCCCGCCGUGCUGGUCACCACCAGGCAAAUUCAGAAUGUGCACACGGGGCUGGAUUUGUCAGUGCCAGAAUACCAGGAAAUCCACGGGAAGAUGAUGUCUGGCCAUGUAGAGUAUCGCAUUGUCGUUGUAACCCGACUGGCUGCCUUCAAAUCAGCAAAGCACAAGCCUGAAGAUGUAGUUCAAUUUAUGGUUUCCAAGAAGUACAGCGAGAUUGAGGAGCUCUACCAGAGACUGGCAGCGCGGUAUCCACAGGCUUCUCUUCCACUCUUGCCUAGAAAACUUCUCUUUGUGGGGGAAUCUGACAUCUGUGAACGAAGAGCGAUGUUCAAUGAUAUCAUGAAAUUCAUCUCAAAACAUGAGGAUCUAGCAACAAGUCCUGAGUUACUGGAAUUUUUAGGAACAAAAUCUACUAGUGCCAUUGACUUCAAGGGUAAAAACAUUCCUGAUGACAAGGAGAAAGAAGAUGAAGAAAAUGAAGCAUUGGAUUUUUUCAAAGAGGAGAAGACACCUGACUUAAUCUCACAGCUUUCAUCAGUGGAAAAUGCCAAGAAAGGGGGAGAAAAAGAAAAGGAAGAGGAGGAAGAAGAGGAAGAAGAUUUAGAUCCUCUUGGUAUAAUAAGAACUAAAAAAAAAAAGAAGGUAUCUGCUCCUGCUCCUCCAACCAAGGAAGAAAAACCCAAAUUAACCAUUUUUGAAGAGGAAGUAGAUCCAGAUGAAGGACUCUUCGGCCCAGAAAAAGAUUUCUCAUCAGUUGGUCCCACGAAGAAGAUGAAAGAGAAUCUGAAGUUAUUUGAAGAUCCAGACCUCGGCGGGGCGGUAAGACUGGGGGACUCACUACUGCUGCCAGCGGCCUGUCAGCACAGGCAGCCCGUGCUGAACACAGAUCCUGAGGAGGACACUGAGGAACUGCUGAGAGUUGAAGAUGAUUUAGAGAAACUCUUGAAUUUAACCUCCAAACCAAAACCUAAGGUACCAUCAAAACCACCGUUGCCUCGGAAGCCAACAGUUGCCCCCAGGAACACUAAUCCAUCUCCACUGGCAAAGCCGAAGGAAAACAGCAUUCAGACAAUGAGUGAAGUGGACAUUCUCCAGUAUAUUCAGGAAAAUGAAUCUAUCAACAACCAAGAUACAAGUCUUUUUUGAACAUAUUUAUUUUUAAAAUGCAAGGAUGUCUUCUUGGCCCAAAUUCCCAGUGAGCUCAAGUGGUGGUAGCAAGAACUGACCAGAUUUCUUUGCAGUCACAGUGCUCAUUUGUGUACAUACCAUCAUAUAGUGAGCAGCAGGUUUGACUGGCACAGGCUCAACAUGAUGUUUUCAAAACGGUGCAGUUGCAAUAUAGUGUUGCCUUAAAUUUUCUGGGUUAUACAGGGAAUAUGGACAAGGACACAGCACUACAGAUUGUCUACUACUAUUUUAGUAUCAACAAAUUACAGUUUUGGCCAGUUUAGUCGUAAUUGCAAAUGGUAAGCAUGUUGCACACGUGGCAGGUGUAAAUAGUGUCCAACAAAUGCUCUGAGGCAAGAAAAGAUGCUGUUCCUGUCAGUUUAGGCAGCAUAUUUCAGCUCACUGGGAAGGUCAUUUUGCUUUUAUCCUGUGCAUUUCUGUAGCAGCCCUUUCCUCCCAGACUGGUGUUUCAGUAGUUUAUGACCAGGAACUGUUAAGUAUAGGUAACAGUCCCUCUCUAGUUCAGAGAAAUACUGAAAUUCCAGCUAAGCCUGACAAUCUGCUGGCUUUGUUGUUGCACAAAUAACAACUUGCAGGACUGCAAACACUGGACACUGCACCUCUGGCCUUGAAGAGAACAGCAAAUGACUGAAAAUAGCUGAGAGUGCAGCUCCAGACAUCUGUGGAGGUUGCAGAGUGUCAGAGGUUUGGAUGCUGUAGGACUCAUGUCAUCUUUUUCCAGCCACGUCUUCCUGGGCUCCCACUGUAGUUAGUGGAGAGAAAGAGAUUUCUCCAGGAGGUGAUUCCAUGCAGGUGUCCUCAUGGAGAAACUCCAAAUUGCUCUCUGGAGUCACUCUCCUUCCAUUCUCCCUGAACUUAUAGAAGACGCCAUCACAGCUUUUUGAUAAAAUUAUGGUCUGGUCAUUACUAUAGCAAUGGUUAAAACAAGGGAGGACAAACCUGGGAUUAUCCAGAGGAAUAAAGAGGAGAGAAAUUUUAAUGUGCAGGAAAAAACAUGGUAGAACGGGCAUCCCAAACUACCUCUCUUCUUCCCUGGCUCAGGCACUCUGAUUGAACAUGCUGAAUUUACAUCUAAUGUGAGUUGAUAGCUGCUGUCACAGGUUCAUAGCUGAACUCAUUCCACAUGUGUUCUAUCCAGAUGUGGAGACAAGCUCCCCAGAGGGAGAAUAUUAAUAAAUGUAAGCCAUAUCACUGUCCUCAAAUUUGCCUUUCUAAUAUAGAACAAAAUAAAUAGCAUUACAUAUAUAUUUUUAUAAUGAAAUUAUCUCUAUUAGUAUUUCCUUUUUAAGACAAUGAAAAAUAUGGCAAGGGUAUUUUAAUUUAAUGGGACAGAUAAAACAUAACCAUUGGCUCUUAUCUAUGUGCAGUAUGUUUCAGUAUAAUAAAAUAUUUUGCUAACCUGCAGGUGUUGUUGUUGUUCCAUAGGUUGUACAGUAGCAGCAAAUUGAAUUUAGAGGAUGGAUUCCAUUUAAGACAGGAGGAGUGUUACAUGGUGCUAAAGUGCACACUCAGAUAGAAACCUGUGUAAAUAGUUAUGAAACCAAGAACGUAGCUGUGUUCAUAUUUCCUUUGAGAGCAGCUGAAGGUAAAACUAUAUUUGGGCACGGGGAGUACCUGAUCCCGUCUGUUCACGUGGUGCCUUGGUGCAACUAGGAAGUCUGUUUACCCCAUCCUGCAAAAGGAGAACAAAAGCACUGAGGAGAAAAUAAAUGAUGUGUUGAAGAUCAGGUGGAAGAUGGCAGGCAGGAGAAAUUAACUCAGAAUGUUAGGGAUCGGAAGGGACCUCAAAAGAUCAUCUAGUCCAACCCCAUCACCAGAGCAGGAACACCCAGAUGAGGUUACACGGGAAGGCGUCCAGGUGGGUUUUGAAUGUCUGCAGAGAAGGGGACUCCACAACCCCCCUGGGCAGCCUGUUCCAGGCUCUCUCACCCUCACUGUGAGGAAGUUUCUUCUCAUAUUUAAGUGGAACCUCCUGUGUUCCAGUUUGUACCCGUUGCCCCUUGUCCUAUCGUUGGUUGUCAUCGAGAAGAGCCUGGCUCCACCCUCGUGACACUCACCCUUUGCUAUCCUAUUAUAAAUGUUUUCCUGCUCUUUGGCAUCACUGUUCCUUCCUGCAACUGAAGCUCAUUACUUCUAUUUCUUAUCACCACAGAAAGAGAACAAAAAUGUUCCUUUCAUUCUGUUUUCUAGAUGGAAAAACUCUGCCCAGUGAGUUUGGCAGCAAGACAGCUCAGGGCAUCACUAUGGUUCUGGCUUCUCACGACUUGGUGAACCCUAGUUCAGUGUUGUCAUCUUGCAUUGGAUUUCUCCUGGUUUUAGAAGAAUUUCUACAUGUCCACAUACCAUUGUACCCAGGGCAACAAAGGAUGCCAGCACUCCUCACCUUUUCAUUGACAUCACUUGGUGCAGACACAAUGUGCAGCCUUUGUUCCAGCCGGGACUCUGUUCUUCUUUUACCUUUCCUCACAGCAAUGUCAGCUCUCUGCCUUCCACCGCCUCUAAGAGCCCCACUUGAAAAUGGCUCAUGCUUUUGCAAAGCAGCGGGAGGGCAGGUACUAUAUAUUACCAUGAUAACCAUGGGAACAUUCCCAGUAACCCUAUUGUAACAACAGCAUAGCUGUAUGUUUUGAAUGGCCAAGGAAUACUUUGCCUCCCAGCCCUCCCUAAAAUUGUCAAAUUAUGUAAACAACAUAGAGAAGGAAGAUCUAUUAAUUGUUUCCUGUGCUAGAUUUUUAAGAUGAUUUUAAGGUCAAUGUUUUGCUUCAGAAAAAAUCUAUCUUUCCUGUCAAGGAACUAACAUAAAAGGAUCCUUCAUAAAUCCCAGUGUUAUGCAUUUGUUUUACAAUGCAAAUGUCUAGCUGCAGUAAUAUUUAUAGGCACUUAGAGGUGAAUUACAGUCCUUGAAUAAAUUAUAUAUAAGGAAUCAUUAUUAUACAAGAGAAAAAUGUCAGAGAAAUGUAGCCCAGAAAAAUUGAAUGUAUUAUUUGAAAUGACACAGGGAAACCACACGACAUACUUUGCAUCCUGCCAGACCAGAACUUUCUUUAGUUUUUUUUCAUACAUCAUUUCUGGUAGCAGCUAUUUUAUUAGCCUGCUCUUGACAACUCUAGAAAUUCAAUUACGGACUCUAAUGUAGUUCUUGGCUGACAGGCAUCACCUUUUGACAUCACUAAUAGCUAGCUCAUCAGAAGGUCUGAAAAGCAAGAGAGUUAUAUUUAAACCCUUGCAAAAGAUGUUUUCUUUAGUGAUUAGAACUCAGAAAAGGUAUCGCUGUUGCUUUAGAAGCUGCUUCGUGUUUUGCAUAACCUUCUUCUUGUUAUGUGGUACUGCACUGAUUAACAACAUUAUAUACUUCAUUAUUUGGGUCACAGAACACUGAUCUCACCAAGCUGGUUAUUUCACAGGUGACCUGUUGGUCAUUUGCUCAGGUCUGUUCUGUUGCUAGUUUUUUAGGAAAGCUAAUUCCCACGUAGCAUUUAAGGCCUAGUUCUGUCAGUGACAAUUUGGGUUGAGUCUAAAAAAAUGUAUUAAUUGAAACUGGUAUUUUCUGCUAAUCUUUGCCCAGAUGUUAGCUUCUGCAAAGAAUCUGAACUUGCUACAGCAGAAUACACAAGUCAGCCUGUGAUUUAAGGUCAUAGAAAUACAGCACGCUCGUGGGGAUCUAAGGCGUUAGGUAACAAAAGGAGACUGUAAAUGACCAAUCCCUGUGGUUGUUAGAUUUAAUGUGGAGUACAAGAAAGCACUGAUAUUUCGCUUAAAAAUGUGACUGUUGCUGAUGUCACAAAGGACUCUUGAAUCUGUAUGAGUGUGCAUCAACCAUGUUUCUUAUUGAUUGAUGUGAUCAGUUUAAACCUCUAAGUCAAGAAGAAAGAGGGGUUUUAGUGGGAGGUUUUAUCUAUAUUCUUACUUUUCAUCUCAAAAUCAAUAACAGGACUGAAUAAAGUCACUUAUUUGCUUCCUGUAUUGCA